AAUUGUGAAACAAAUACAAUAAACGUAGCCGGAUAAUAUAAAUUUAUUUUUUCGAACUUUAAUGUGGAUUAACUUUUUAGCUCAUUUCUAAAAUGGAUUUAUUCUGUUCUUUAUGUUAUAAAAAUUCAACAAUAACAAUUUCUACGAAUACCAUAGAAUCUGAACUUGACUGCUUUUUCAAAAUAUUCAAACUUCCCGAGGACUUCUCGCAACCAAAGCUGAUAUGCAGCGAAUGCUUGAAUCAGCUGGAAGCAGCGCAUAAAAUCUACCAGCAGAUUUUGCAAUCAUUGGAAAAUUUAAAAUGUGUAAUAGGUGCAGUCGGGUCAAAAUCUGAAACUUCACCAAAAACGUUAAACUCCUGUGAUAAUCGUGAUAAGGUUGACGAGACUGAGAUUGGCCGAAGAAAACAUGAGAAACCUAUACAUCAGCCUACAAUAAAACGCCACUUUUAUUGCGAAAUCUGUCGUAAAAUUUUUAAAACUUACAGAGGACUCUUACAGCACUCAACUUAUUGUCAUCCGGUUGAUACUCCAAGCUUUCGAUGUGAUAUAUGCUUCAGAGAUUUUAUAUCAAGAGCGAGCUAUACUAAUCAUCUGAAACACCAUCACGAUUUCAUUUGUAAGUUUUGCAGUCACGGUUGGGUGACAGAAAAACGACUGCUGGAUCACGUUAGAAAUUCUCAUAAGGACCGUCUUUUUCGCUGCAAGCAUUGUCCUAAAACAGAAAAGCUGAAAAAAUGUCUAAACAGACAUGUAAGGACGGCCCAUGGGAUAAAAGAGAAUUUGUUCUUCUGCGGACAUUGUUCAAUCAGUGCAACUUACAUUGAGGUGGCUUCGUUAACAGAACAUAUGCUCCAAACACAUGCGAGCUUAGAGGAAUCUGGAAAUACUUAUGAAGAGUUACUGAACGAAACUUUCUUCGCGAAAGAAAUUAGCCUAGAGUUUGAGACAGAUUAUGAAAAACUUGAGCAAAAUGAUAAUCAGGACGCCUUUCUUAAAAAUGUUAGUCUCAUGCGUAUUCAUACAACACUUCAUUCAAACAAUGCACCGAAAACAAGUAAUACCAAUCCUAACAAAAUGAUACUUGAAGAAUUUUUAGAUGAAGCAUUCGAAAAUGACCAGAUCUGGACAAAAUACAUCGAAGGAGGAGAAGAAUAUCUAAUCGAUAACUAUGAAUUUGAUUUGGAAAGCUCAGUUGCAAAAAGUUUAUGUAAGUACAGAUGUCCCCAAUGCUCGGAAGGCUUUAUCAAGCAGCACCAUUUAACAGUACAUUUGGCAGAAAUUCAUAAUAUAUCAUGCCUAAUUUGCAACGAUUGUGGGGCAAGCUAUAACAAAAUACAAGAAUACAGAAACCACCGUCAAGAACAUUUAAAGGAUAAUGUUCGAUUCAGAGAGAACAUUAUUCCAGAAGCGGAAGAAGCACUGUCAUUGGUACGCAAAGAGAAAAACUACACUAUCAACGAGGUCGGAAACAAUUACAGUUUUACUUGUAGCUUUUGUAGUCGCACAUUCCAUAAAAAAUGCAAUCUUAAAAAACAUGUAUGCUUGUUAAACACAGAUCAACUAGAAAAUUGUGAUAAUGAUACCUCCACUAACUCUGUUAUUCCACGUGACGCCAAGUCAUAUGAAAAUCUAUUUUGCACCUUGUGCGAUAAAAAAUUCUCAUCUAUUUCCGGUCUGAAGUAUCAUUUGAAAAGACACACGGAUACAAAAGCUUUCCCGUGUCAGUUCUGCAACAAGAAGUUUACAGCAAACUCCAAUUUAAACUCCCACAUCAGAAAUGUUCAUAGCGAUUACAAAAGCUACGGUUGUUCCGAAUGUGAUAAACGAUUUGCCGGCAAAGAUCAUUUGACCAAACAUAUUCGCUCCAAACACCGCCAAGAGCGAUCCUUCGUUUGUUUAGAAUGCCCGAAAAGUUACUAUCAGAAAUCGCAUUUGAAUGACCACAUUGCCGCUGCACAUACAGACUACAAAUCGUUCAUCUGCCAACAGUGCAAUUCAUCGUAUAGUUGCAGGGGAUCAUUGAGAAGACACAUGACUAAAGUUCAUAAGGUUCUUUUUUGAGAGCUACGAAAUUAUAACCAGUUUUGUUAAGAAACAUGUAAAACAUUCGGUAAUAAUAAAAUCUGUUUCUCACAAA